AUGGGCUGGGUUCAUAAUGCCACCGCUGAGGUGAAUGCCCAGUCGAAUUAUCCCACGAUCCUGGGAGUAUGUUUCUCUCUGACCGGGGCGAUGAUGGUGGUUGUGUGUUUACGCCUUUACAUUCGCAUUCGAGCCCGGCGGAUGGCAGCCGAUGACUACGUGAUGAUCGUGACGAUGUUGUUUAGCAUCAUCUACAAUUGCCUCUGCGUGGCUCAAAGCCGGUAUGGUUUAGGGCUUCCGUUGGCUCUUCGACCCAAGGCCAAUCUCGGGUCCUACAUGAAGUUGAAUUUCGCCGGUCGACCGUUCUAUCAAAUGGGCAUUGCGGGAUUCAAGGCCGCGCUUUGUCUCAGUUAUCUGCGUCUUUUGUCGGGAACGUCCAAGAAGCUAUACCGAGUUGUGAUCUGGUCAGUCAUGAUCAUAUCAACACUGGGGCACUUUGCCGCCACACUGAUCCUCAUCUUUAACUGCAAACCGGUGCAAAAAUCGUGGGAUCCCACCACCGAAGGGACAUGUCUCCCCUUCGGCGCAACCAACUAUGCCCUAGUGGCGUGGACGAUACUGUGCGACGUGGUCAUCAUCUUCCUGCCCAUUCCUCUCUUGCUGGAACUAAACGUCAAGCCUGCGCAGAAAGCGGGUCUUCUGUGUCUGUUUCUGCUGGGGCUGUUCACCACCGUCUGCUCCAUUCUCCGGCUCACCCAGAUCCGCGUGAUUGCCUACGGAGAUGGGAAUUCGACGAUGCUCGUGCUCUGGGGCACGAUCGAGUUCAAUGUCGGAAAUAUUAUUACGUGCUUGCCUUUCCUCGGCCCUCUGCUCAAGGGUUUCGUCAGCGAUUUCCGCUCCCGAAGUGCCUCCAAAGGCAAAUACCGCACCGACUCGCACUACGUCCUGCAGUCCUACUCGAAAGAUGACCGACUUCACGGCACCAACGUCUCCAACGUCUCGCAAAUUGCAUCGAAACCGAAGCGGACGCCCAGCGAGGAACUGAUUCUCGACAACGGCAGCGAGUCCGACGGUGCCACCAACAGGGGCGCCAUCAAAAUGACGGUGGAGUACCACGUCGAGGUCGAUGGAGACCAGAACCGCUAGAGUCCGGAUUUAAUGACACCUUGUACAGAAUUAGAUUAUUCACUUGAAGACCACUAGCUGGCAGGCUAGGCACUCGUUGACUAGGAAUUAAUAUAAAAUUUUCUUUUGUCUUUGACGUCGAUUUCCGGCUUCUGCUUGAUCGAGACUGGAAUCAACGCCACCAAAUGGACAGUGGCAAGCCCUCGCGCGAG